CUCUCUGCUUGGACCCAGGUUUGUCAAACAGCACAACGCACAUUGUGAGUGUCACCAUUAACGGAGAUGAGGCUGAGAAUACAAGACCUAAGCAAAAACUUGAUGAUGGAGAAUUUGUGGAAGUUAUUUCACUUCCGAAGAACGACUUACUGCAAAGAAUUGAUGAACUCAUAGAAGAAGAGCAUAUUGCAGUGGAUGCCAGGGUUUAUACUUACGCAUUAGCCCUGAAGCGUGCAGCAGAAAAACCGCUCCAAGUCCCUUUUAUGAAGUUCUAA